AUGAGUAAACAAGAUGCUUUAGUAUGGAUUGAUUGUGAGAUGACAGGAUUGGAUAUUGAUAAAGAUCAUAUAAUUGAAGUGGCUGUAUUAAUUACUGAUGGAGACUUGAAUAUAAUUGCAGAGUCUGGACUUACAUCUGCAGUAUUAUCUUCUUCAAUCACAACAUCAGAAGCAGCAUCACAAAUUUUGGAAUUCCUAAAAAAACAUAUUCCAGAAGGAACUGCACCUCUCGCAGGGAAUAGUGUUCAUGCAGACAAAAUAUUUUUGAAAAAAGAAAUGCCACAAGUUAUUGAUUAUUUGCAUUAUCGUAUAAUUGAUGUUAGUAGUAUUAAAGAGUUAUGUAGACGGUGGUAUCCUAUCAUCUUUAACAAUAUGCCACCAAAGAAACUUGUUCAUCGUGCAUUGGGAGACAUCAAAGAAAGUAUUGAAGAACUUAAAUACUAUAGAAGAUAUAUCUUUACAGAGCAAAAUGAAAGUAACUCAAGUAAAAGACCAAAGGAAAAAUAA